AUGGCUUGGGUGUGGACUGAGACGUUGGCAGUUUCUGCGGAGGACAGGCUGCCGCACUCCUUGGCUGACAAUUUGGGUGCAUUUGUGGAUGCAACAAAGGUACAUGCUCAUUUCCAAAAUGUCAGCCAAGCCAAGACGUUAGGUUGUGCAAAUGGUGAGGCCAAUCGCCUGGUCAAGUUCGCUGCGGCGGCUUUUCAACAAGCAGGUAUCCGCCGCGAAAUUUCAGACCAGAGAGAGUUUGAGGAUGGGGCUGAUCAGGGCAGUGAAGCUCGCGCACGUAUGUGGAAGCUGCCAUGCAGAAUGGUCGCCGCGACACGGAUUUGA